GCAGUCUGUAUAGACGUCAACGGCCAACCUGCAAGUCUACGAAACCUAACAGCCCCGAAGUAACAAAAGAACAAAUUUUAUUCAAUAAAUAAGUCUCUGCAAUUUAUAUAAAAGUCUGUAUUUUCUUCGGUUCCUCUCAUCCAUGGCUUCCAAUGGGAAUUCUCCGCGAGUAGAUGAGACUGGGAAUAGCUUGGAGAAGAUCAAGAGGCAACUGACGUCGGGUUCGGGAAAGAAUCUGUUGCAGGGACCUCUCCUAAAGAGAUCUGAAACGCUAAGGAAAUGGAAUGAGCGAUGGGUGAUCUUAGACCCUACCACAGGCAAAAUGGAAUACAAGACACGGAGGAAUGAAGCAGUUGUCAAGGGAACUAUCAUAUUUGAUGCAAACAGUACAAUUACAGUUUCUCCUGUAAAUUUUCAUGGACUACCAAAAUAUGAUGGCUGUUGUUUCUAUAUUGGUACCCCGCAGAAGAAAGAAUACUUCCUCUGUGCUGAAACUCCUGGUGCUGCCAGAGCUUGGGUGUCAACUUUACAUGCAACACAGUUGGUUCUUAGGGCCCAUAAAGAUGCUAUAAAUUCCUUGAGUGGUAAUAGUUCUGCAAAGUUGGGCACUGUUGCAACAGUAGUUGCAGCAGCAAACUCAACAGCCCAAGAAUCUGCUAAAGAAAUUGAAGCAGCAAUGAGGAUCUCUAUGAGAGCAGCUCUAGGUAUGGUGACAAAUAAAGUAAAUGAUGGUCAAAUGGAUGAUCUGGCGAUCAUGAAGGAGACACUACGAGUUAAGGACGAGGAAUUACAACAUCUGGCAAGGGAUCUUCGUGCUCGGGAUUCCACGAUAAAAGAGAUAGCUGGGAAACUAUCUGAUACUGCUGAAGCUGCUGAGGCUGCUGCAUCUGCAGCUCAUGCAAUGGAUGAACAAAGAAGAUUAGCUUGUGCAGAAAUUGAGCGUUUAACAAAAGAUUCACAGAAACAGCUCGAAUCAUCUAUCAUGAAGUUGAGGGUAUCUGAAGAAAAAAAUGCAGUCCUAAGUAAGGAGAGGGAUCAACUGUUAAAGCAAAGAGACUCUGCUCUUCAGGAGGCACAUCUGUGGCGUUCUGAGCUUGCAAAAGCUAGAGAUCGUGCUGUAAUAUUGGAAGCUGCUGUUGUCAGGGCCGAAGAGAGAGCACGAGUUGCAGAGGCAGAGGCAGAAUCCAGGGUAAAGGAAGCCACAGAGAAAGAGUUGGCUGCUGUAAAGGACAAGGAAGAGCUUCUAGCUUAUGUAAAUUUACUGCAAGCACAAAUACAAAGACAGCAGAGUGAUACAAAACAAGUUUUUGAAGAGAAGACUGAAUCCUGCCCAGAUGCCAAAGACAACCUUCCAUUAACAAAGCAUGUGGACUUAUCAGAAGAGAAUGUGGACAAAGCAUGUCUCAGUGUUUCAAGAUCACUCCCUAUUUCUGGGGAUGGUAUGCAGUUGGCUGUAGAUCAGGUUGAUCUCCGAUCCAUUGGUGAUGGGGAGUGGAGUGACAUUCGAGCAACAGAGGCGACAAUAGCUGAUGUAAGAGAGAUCUCCCCUGAAACGGAGGGAAGCAGCUUGGAUAUACCUGUUGUGAGUCUUCCAGUUGCCGAUCAUCAUCAUCAUGAGCAUGGGGGCAACUCAUUUCAUCAGCCUUGAUAUGAAAAACAAUAUAUAUAUGUUUAUAGGGUGAACUAACUUAAAAGAUUGUGGGGAUUGGAAGUUUCAACAAUGUGGAAAAGAUUAUUUCCACGUGGGUCUUUUAUUUAGAUAAAGCUCUUCGAGGGGCCAUUUUGAUGAAUAUGUAGAGUAUAUCCCUUUUCCCUGGAACCUGCAGUCUCUUUAAUUAUCAGGAGAUAAACAGGAAGUAAGCAUAAAUUGUUUAUACACA